UUCUCCGAGGAGAUCCUCCGCAUAUAGCGAACGUCUUUCGUCCGGUGAGAUCGUCUCGUGCAGUUAUAUACUAUAUUGUUAUCGACAUAGGUAGAUAUUGUUAUCAUCGUAAUCGCCGUCUGUUGUAGUGGUCUUGUCGUUGGUACCGCAAAGACAUUAUAUCACUGCACGUCGUUACGAUAAGACAUAAUAAUAUAAUAUCCGUUUUUAAUAUAAUAUAAUAUAGUAGGCCCGGUGACGAUUUUUAUCUCUCCACGCGCUGAUAAUACGACCAAUUCACGCGAUAUUUCGGCAGAAUUGUACGACGGAAAUAUUGUAAUUAUUAUCUGUUAGUAUUAAUUGUCGUAUUGUACAGCGUACUUGCGGUCUACAUCAAAGACAUUCAUAUACAUAUCACACAGCUGACGUCAUGUUGCCGCGGAUUUUGGUGGCCGUUCAGAUAUUGCACGCCGUCGUGUUGGCUGAAAUCUUGAAACCCACCUGGCACCAGUACUAUUACCCGGGACAUCACGCUUACGGUAUACGGUAUUUUGAAAAGUUGGCUUCGAUGCGAGAGAACUUCCAGAAGGGAAUACCAUACAACAAAUGGGGAUUUUACAACCGAAUAGACACUGCGUCGGUGACGGAGAGCAAAAAGACACGAAGACUGCGGGUGGGCAGUGGAUGGUGGAAGCUGGUUCCACCGACGGGCGCCGAGAUAAAUUGUGAAUUUCCGAGUACUGUGCCGGUGAUAUCUAACAUCGUGUGGGAACGAGUGGACCCGGGCAAAGCGGACAAGGAGAUGGCCAUGAGGCGAAUGGGCGAGGUGCAGACGUACGACAUGCACCUGAGGCCCAAAGGCAGCACCUUGCAUUUCCACGACGUGACGCCCCUGGACAAGGGCCUUUACAGGUGUCUGGCGUCGUCCGUGGACAGGCUGACGGGCGAACCGCAGACGGUGUUUCAAGACACGGACUUCUACCCGGAUGUGGUCUGAGCUACGCGCCCGCUGAUCAACUCUCGGGAUAAACGGCGACGACGAGGACGACGGCCACAGCUGUUGCAAGCGAGUGGUGAGACUGACAGCGGAAUUCGCGUCGUUCUAUUAUAUUAUGUAAUAAUAUAACUAAGAUCCCGCCGCAGUGUCGCGUACGUUGUAUUAUUUAAACUAUUGUUGUUAUUACUAAUAUUAUUAUUAUUAUUAUUAUUAUUACUAUUGAUAUCGUCA